AUGCCAUCUGCGCCGCAGACGUCGUUGCCAAAGUUGAGAGAGGAGGAACUGGAUGAUUUUGAGUAUGAACUGCUGCGUGUAAUCAACUUGGUGCAUGCUGUAAUUCAACGAACAGAAAUGCGAACCGCCGAAAAAGAUCGUCGCGAUGCCGCCGUUCUUGAGUGGCAGCAGGUUGCCAUGGUACUGGAUCGUUUCCUGCUGCUUGUAUUUCUCAUAGGUACAACAAUAUCAACUCUGACAAUUCUGUAUCAGCGCGAACUCGGAAUAUUCGAGUAG